ACUCCAACAACCACAACUACCACUCCAACCACCACUACUACCACUCCAACAACCACCACUCCAACCACCACUACUACCACUCCAACCACCUCGACAACCACUCCAACCACCACUACUACCACUCCAACAACCACAACUACCACUCCAACCACCACUACUACCAUAACUACUACCACUCCAACCACCUCGACAACCACUCCAACCACCACUACUACCACUCCAACAACCACCACUACAACCACUCCAAGCACCACUACUACCACCACUACAACCACCCCAACCACCACUUCAACCACCUCGACAACCACUCCAACCACCACUACUACCACUCCAACCACCACUACUACCACUCCAACCACCUCGACAACCACUCCAACCACCACUACUACCACUCCAACAACCACAACUACCACUGCAACCACCACUACUACCACCACUACAACCACCCCAACCACCACUUCAACCACCCCAACCACCACUACUACCACCACUACUACCACUCCAGCAACCACAACUACCACUCCAACCACCACUACUACCACUCAAAUAACCACAACUACUACCACUCCAACCACCACUACAACCACCUCGACAACCACUCCAACAACCACAACUACCACUACAACCAGAACUACUACCACUUCAACCACAACAACUACCACUCCAACAACCAUAACUACCACUCCAAUACACCACCUCAUAACCACUCCAACAACCACAACUACCACUCCAACCACCACUACUACCACAACUACUACCACUCCAACCACCACUACUACCACUCCAACCACCACUCCAACAACCACAACUACCACUCCAACCACCACUACUACCACAACUACUACCACUCCAACCACCACUACUACCACUCCAACCACCUCGACAACCACUCCAACCACCACUACUACCACUCCAACAACAACAACUACCACUGCAACCACCACUACUACCACCACUACAACCACCCCAACCACCACUUCAACCACCUCGACAACCACUCCAAGCACCACUACUACCACUCCAACCACCUCGACAACCACUCCAACCACAACUACUACCACUCCAACAACCACAACUACCACUCCAACCACUUCUACUACCACUCCAACAACCACUCCAACCACCACUACUACCACUCCAACCACCACUCCAACCACCACUACUACCACUCCAACAACCACAACUACCACUCCAACCACCACUACUACCACUCCAACAACCACAACUACCACUCCAACCACCUCAACAACCACUCCAACCACCACUACUACCACUCCAACAACAACUACCACCACUCCAACCACCACUACUACAACCCCAACCACCACUCCAACCACCACUACUACCACUCCAACCACCUCGACAACCACUCCAACCACCACUACUACCACUCCAACAACCACAACUACCACUCCAACCACCACUACUACCACAACUACUACCACAACUACUACCACUCCAACCACCUCGACAACCACUCCAACCACCACUACUACCACUCCAACAACCACAACUACCACUCCAACCACCACUACUACCACCACUACAACCACCCCAACCACCACUUCAACCACCUCGACAACCACUCCAACCACCACUACUACCACUCCAACAACAACG